AGAAACCUUCUCUGAUGCAGAAGGUUUGAUUUCAAAUGCAACAUUGUUUUCCAUUUUUCUUUAUGCCCGUUGAGUUUUUGGUGGUGGUCAUAUUUUUGAAGGCGUUUUUCAGUGAUCCCACAUUAUGAAGCUCUCGGCUUUGCAUCAGAGUUACCUGAACCGCCGGACUAACGGCUUCCGAGGAUCACCCCAGUUGGAUUCCUCCGGGGACGGCCCCGUAAAGUCUCCGGCUGCCAUUUUCUGGCUUGUACUUCAUGGAGUUUGUUGUCUCAUUAGUUUGGUGCUUGGUUUCCGUUUCUCUCGCCUCGUCUUCUUCUUUCUCGUCACCACUUCAUCUAACUUCCAAUCCCUUGAUUCUCAAUCCGCUCUAACUUCCAAUCCCUUCACCAACUUUGAAAAUCCUGCUAAUGGAACCACUACUGGCAGCUCCGCCAGCAGGGUCGUCGUUGGGAGGCAUGGAAUCCGAAUCCGACCUUGGCCGCAUCCGGAUCCCGUGGAGGUGAUGACGGCUCACCAGAUAAUUAACAGGGUUCAGAGAGAGCAGAGGCUCCAGUUUGGAGUGAAGAACCCUAAGACGGUGAUUGCGAUCACACCAACUUAUGUACGGACGUUUCAGGCUCUUCAUUUGACCGGCGUGAUGCAGUCGCUAAUGCUGGUGCCAUACGCCCUAGUGUGGAUCGUGGUGGAGGCCGGCGGAAUCACCAAGGAGACCUCUUCAAUUAUUGCCAAGUCUGGACUUAGAACCAUCCACGUUGGGUUCAAUCAGCGGAUGCCAAGUUCAUGGGACGCAAGGCAUAAGUUGGAGACCCGCAUGCGGCUUCAUGCUUUGAGAAUUGUGAGAAAAAAGAAGCUGGAUGGGGUUGUGAUGUUUGCGGAUGACAGUAAUAUACAUAGUAUGGAGCUAUUUGAUGAAAUCCAAAGUGUGAAAUGGAUAGGUGCUGUUUCAGUAGGAAUAUUUGUUCAUUCCGUGAAUACAGAUGAAUCUACAUCCCAGCCAAUACCCGUGCAAGGUCCUGCUUGUAAUUCUAGCAAUAAAUACACAUUCAAUUCACUGUCAUAUGCUGGAAAAAGUUCUGUUUACAUUGAUGACCGAGCGCCUGUGCUUCCCCACAAACUGGAAUGGUCUGGGUUUGUGCUGAAUUCCAGGUUGCUUUGGAAGGAUGUUGAUGAUAAACCAGAGUGGAUUAAGGAUCUUGAUGCUUUAGAUGGGGAGAUAGAGAGUCCACUGUCUUUGCUCAAGGACACCUCUGUGGUGGAACCACUUGGUAGCUGUGGAAGCCAAGUUUUGCUUUGGUGGCUGCGUGUUGAAGCUCGGUCCGACAGCAAAUUCCCUCCCAGAUGGAUAAUUGACCCUCCUUUAGACGUCACUGUUCCAUCGAAAAAAAGUCCUUGGCCAGAUGCUGCCCCUGAGCUCUCAUCAAACGAAAAGUUGUCAAUUAGCACUCAAGAGCUGCCAACUAAAUCUACAACAUCUCAAUCCAGGCGCAUCCGAAAGAGAAAGAGUGAAAUCAAAGUGAUCCGUUCACAAGUCUCUACAAAUUCUGAACAGAACUAAGAUGAUAAUAAGAGCUAUCUGAGAAUUUCGCUGCCUUGUGGAUACAAGAAGAUUGCCGUCUGCUGGCCUUGGCCAACUAUUGCAUGGAUCUGACCUAAUGGAGAAGCUGGCCACAUUUCUAUUCUUUGCAUUUGUUCCUUUUCUCUUUGAAAAAGAAGUAUCCAUUUGUAGUUUUCAAGUCGGUAGACAUGUAGUCACACUUCUUAGAAGCAAAUCCAAGUGAACGGAGUGCCAAAUUGGUACAGAUAUGUUUGUUUAGGAAAUUGAUAAACCAUAUGCCCUGUUUGGAUAAUGGCAUUGGAGUAUAUAGCAUGGGAAUAUGAGAGCUUAUUCCACUUAUCGUGUUUGAUUGGCAGCAAUUGCAUAGUGAUUCAUUCUUUCCAAUUGAGGAAUUUGGAUUCCAUCAAGUUUUUAAUGGAAAUGCCUGCUGAUCUUGGAAACGUUUUUAAGUUUA